CGCCGCCCGCGCCCGGCAGCCUCGCCAGCCCCGGGCCGCCAGCAGCCAGGCAGCUGCAAGCAGCGGCCGGCGCUCGGAUCUCGCCUGCGGCGGCUGCUUCGCACCUACUCGGGAUGGCUGGGUACCUGCGGGUCGUGCGCUCCCUCUGCAGAGCCCCCGGCUCUGGGCCGGCCUGGGCGCCGGCGGCCCUGACAGCCCCCAGCUUGCAAGAGCCGCCGCGGCGCCACUAUGCCAACAAGAGGAUCAAGGUGGCGAAGCCGGUGGUGGAGAUGGACGGCGAUGAGAUGACCCGGAUCAUCUGGCAGUUCAUCAAGGAGAAGCUCAUCCUGCCGCACGUGGACGUCCAGCUCAAGUAUUUCGACCUGGGGCUUCCAAACCGUGACCAGACCGACGACCAGGUCACCAUCGACUCUGCGCUGGCCACCCAGAAGUACAGCGUGGCUGUCAAGUGCGCCACCAUCACCCCUGAUGAGGCCCGUGUGGAAGAGUUCAAGCUGAAGAAGAUGUGGAAGAGUCCCAAUGGAACCAUCCGGAACAUCCUCGGGGGAACUGUGUUCCGGGAGCCCAUCAUUUGCAAAAACAUCCCGCGCCUCGUCCCUGGCUGGACCAGGCCCAUCACCAUUGGCAGGCACGCCCACGGUGACCAGUACAAGGCCACAGACUUUGUGGUCAGCCGGGCCGGCACAUUCAGGAUUGUCUUCACCCCGAAGGACGGCAGUGGUGCCAAGGAGUGGGAGGUGUACACCUUCCCUGGCGGCGGCGUGGGCAUGGGCAUGUACAACACCGACGAGUCCAUCUCGGGUUUCGCGCACAGCUGCUUCCAGUACGCCAUCCAGAAGAAGUGGCCGCUGUACAUGAGCACCAAGAACACCAUUCUGAAAGCCUAUGACGGGCGCUUCAAGGACAUCUUCCAGGAGAUCUUUGAGAAGCACUAUAAGACUGAUUUCGACAAGAAUAAGAUCUGGUACGAGCACCGGCUCAUCGAUGACAUGGUGGCUCAGGUCCUCAAGUCUUCAGGCGGCUUUGUGUGGGCCUGCAAGAACUACGACGGAGAUGUGCAGUCCGACAUCCUGGCCCAGGGCUUCGGCUCCCUUGGCCUGAUGACGUCUGUGCUGGUCUGCCCGGACGGGAAGACCAUCGAGGCUGAGGCCGCCCACGGGACGGUCACUCGCCACUAUCGGGAGCAUCAGAAGGGCCGGCCCACCAGCACCAACCCUAUUGCCAGCAUCUUUGCCUGGACGCGUGGCCUGGAGCACCGGGGGAAGCUGGAUGGGAACCAGGACCUCAUCAGGUUUGCCCAGACCCUGGAGAAGGUGUGCGUGGAGACAGUGGAGAGCGGAGCCAUGACCAAGGACCUGGCGGGCUGCAUCCAUGGCCUCAGCAACGUGAAGCUGAACGAGCACUUCCUGAACACUGCGGACUUCCUGGACACCAUCAAGAGCAACCUGGACAGAGCUCUGGGCCGGCAGUAGCGGGGCAGGAGCGGGGCCCGGCCGGCUGCGUCGCGGACGGGCCGGGGCCACGCGGGAGCAGGCCCGGGGCCUCCGACGCCAGGUGGAGGGUGAGCCUCACGCCCCUCUCGGAGGCCUUCCUCGGGGACGUUUUUUAUAAACAAAAUGUUUUUAAUAGUAUCUGUUUCCCCUCACGGUGACCGUGAGGUGGGAACAGCGUGUUUUACCUCAGCCAGUCGGUAUGUUUUGCAUACUGUAAUUUAUAUUGCCCUUGGAACACAUGGUGCCACGUUUAGCUACUAAAAAGCUCUGCACAAAA